AUGUUGAGAUGUAUUCUUCUCUGCGCGUUUGCCAGCAUCUCAUCCAGCUACAAUGUGCCGGACCACAAGCCGACAAUCGAGGACCCCCUCAAGAUCCCACAAUCGCUGUUCGCGAAUAAGCAUGCUCCAACCUAUGGAUCUGGAGUUCUGCAGUUGCCGGUCAAGGUGCAUGAUGGCAACUUGGAGAAACUCAAUUUCGGAGAAAGGCGGAAGAGGCAGAGCAGUGAUCCCCUCGCAAAUAUAAUCAACGGCUACACGAUUGAUAUAUUGUUAGGAACUCGAAGCCAGGAAGUUACCGUAAUCAUGGACACAGGCUCGUCCGAACUCUGGGUCGAUCCCGAAUGCAGCAACUCCUAUAGCCCCACCGAUUGUGCCAACUUUGGUCGUUACACCCCUAGCCAGUCAUCCACGUCCCAUGAUCUUGGUACAACAAUCGCGAUCCAAUAUGGGACGGGUUCUAUGAAUGGCGAAUAUUUUACCGAUAAUCUGAUCAUGGGAGGUUCGCUGAACGGAAUAGGAGCAGCAAGAAUUACUGCUCAACAGUUUGGAGUCGCAAAUACGAGUAUGUUCUCAACGCUAGGAAUCAUGGGUGUAGGAUUCGGUUACCAGCUUGAUACGAACUAUUAUAAUAUCAUCGACCAGCUAUAUGUGCAAGGUGUUACCAACAGCCGGGCUUUCAGUCUCGACCUUGCUAGUAUCGACGUUUCUCAGGGCUCAAUAAUUUUCGGAGGCAUAGACACAAUGAAGUAUAUCGGCGCGCUCGAGAAACGUCCCAUUAUACCAUACCAACUUUCACCAGAUGGAUACCCAAGAUAUUGGAUCUACAUGACUUCAGUCGGUGUCACUCCGCCCGGCGCCUCCUCCUCGACUCCAGUCACAGCAACUGGUUACAACCAGGCGAUUUUCCCCGACAGCGGUACUACUAUAUCUCAACUCCCAACAGCUCUCGUUAAUGCUCUAUUACCUUACUUCCCUGGCGCCGUCAGCCAAGGUGGCGGGGCUUAUACUGUUCCUUGCAGUUAUAGAGACCAAGCAGGGACCAUCGACUUUGGGUUUGGAAAUACAACUAUCCACGUUUCAUACCACGAGUGGUUCUGGUUUGACGGGCAAGAUUGCUACUUUGGUGCUCAAGCUACGCAGUCUACUUUUCUAUUAGGAGUUGUAUACGAUCAAGAUAAUGCCAAUGUGCUCCUCGCACAAGCAGCAAACUGUGGCACCAACGUUCUAGCAAUCGGCACAGGUGUUAACGCCGUCCCAUCAGUCACUGGUGGUUGUACAGCAUAA